AAUGUGCAUCGUUUUCAUCAGUGAUACCCAUCUUAGUUAAUUACGUUUUCCGUCAGGAAGCUAUUAUAGAGUUCUUGAAUUACAUGCAAAAUACUAAGGGCAGAGCAAUAAAAGAUUCUGUUUACAAGCUUAGAAAUAGUUAUAUUGUUUACUUUAUAUUCAUAUUAAAUUUAAUUACGUUCAUCGGUUUAGUUGUAAUUGAUACAAUGCUACAAAGAUUUUUGAUGUUACUAAUGCUCGGCAUGCCGAGUGUUGUCUAUAAUUGGAUGAUGAUACAAGAUGGUGAUGAAUUUAACAAAGGACGUGUUAAUAAAAUAACAUUUAGCCAAGGAUCAAUUAAUCGUGAUAUUAAUAAUGUCAAGCGAGCUUUUGUUGAGAUAUCUGUAAUGUGUAAGGACUUAAUUAUGUUUUAUUUAUUUCCUGUUGCUUUCACCGCUUCUUAUAUGGGUUUUAUGGGCACAUUUAUGGUAUACGAAAUGAGGAAUUCAGUGUUGGGAGUAAAACGACUUGAAACACUGGAAAUGGUACUUUAUGGAACCUGGAUAAUAUGGAUGACAUUUGGAAUUAUUGUAUUGGGUAUUAAUUUACUUAGAGCUAAAAUACAGCAAGUAAAGACGAGGCAUUAUCUUGAUUUACUUUUGAAAUUUGAUGGAAUAGAAGAUAGUAUUGAUAAUGAGCCAACGGAACCUUCUGAAGAGCGCUUGGAUGAAGAAGUAGAGGUCAACAAUGAUAUUGUAUCAUUGGAUGGUUCUGCUACACAUUAUAUUACUGGUACUAUUGUGACGUACCUCAUUAUACUUUUACAAUUUCGUGGUAAUGAUCGUACAACUUCUAAUGAAACCCAAUAAGAGCCUUCUUCCUUAAAUUUAUGCUACAACAUCUUACUAGAUCAACGUAAUAUACUUCUCUCGAAAUUUAGUAAUUAUCUGAA